GACAUCACUGGUUCCCGGGAGCUGAGGAGCUGGGGCCAGAGCCCGAGGGAGCCGGGCUGCCGGGGGCUGCAGACAUGGAGGGCCAGGGCGUUGGUAGCAGCAGGAGGCCGGGGGCCCGGGCUGCCCUGGGCUCCCUGUCUGUGCCCCACGGGGUUUCCCAAACUGGGGCACCCUCCAAGCUCUCAGCCAAGGAUACAGCAGUCUUGGAACCAAGGGUGGCCCUGGCACCUGUGGGACCGCGAGCAGUUCUGUCACCUUCCCCUGAGGCACCAAGGCUGGCUCUGGAGUCUGCCCGCCCUCCCUUUACCCCUGGAGGACAGAAAACCGCACCCGCCCACCGCAGCCCCAGCCUAGCCCCAGCAUCUGUAGGCCAGCUGCAGAUGUCUGCCUCCACUGGACCAAGCCUUCCCCCGGUGCCCGCGGGCUCAGUCCCGGCUCCAGCGUCUCUAGGGCAGCUGGUCGUCUCUGCCUCGGCUGGCCCGAAGCCUCCGCCAGCCACCCUGGGGCCCAGUCCAGCUCCAGCUUCCAGGGACCAGAAACAGGUGUCACCCACCUCCAUGAGACCCAAGCCAGCGCUGGCAGCCUCAGGCCUGAGCCUGGCUGUGGCUGCUCACGAGCAGCCCCGACAGGUCCCUCCCAAACCCUCUCCAGUGUCCAGUCCCGUUCUGUCACCUCCCCAGGAGCAGGCCCUGGCUCCGGCACCAGGGUGGACCCCAGCCAGACCCAGAGAUGCCUCAGCCCCUAGGCUGACCCCGCCUUCUGAGGGGCGUCUUCAGUCCCCAGCUCAGGCCACCAGUCCUGUGCCCUCCCCAGACCCCCGGCUCUCGCCCUCCUUCCGAGCCCGGCCCGAGGCCUCCCGCAGCAGCCCCGAAGGUCCCGUCCUGCCACGGCCGCCGCAGACCUUGCCCUUGGAUGCGGUCCAGGGCUCUGCAGAACCUGGGACCCGCUCUCCCGGACUUCUGUCCCCCACCUUCCGGCCGGGGACACUCUCAGGCCAGUCUGUGCCCCCGCCUCUGCCCAAGCCACCCCGGUCUCCCAGCCGCUCCCCUAGCCGCUCCCCCAACCGUGCCUCCUAUGUGCCCCCAGCCCCUGACACAGCCCUCCCUAGGCCUGGCACCCAGAGUGUGGCACCUAGCAGGUGCCCGAACCCCAUCCUCCAGACCCAAGAAGCGCCAGCUCCAGUCUCCACCUCCCCUUCCACAGCCAUCUCGCCAUCUGCCUCUUGGUCAGCUCAGCCAACCUGCAAGAGCGACCCCGGGUUCCGGAUCACUGUGGUCACUUGGAACGUGGGCACGGCCAUGCCCCCAGAUGACGUCACGUCCCUCCUCCACCUGGGCGGCGGCGAUGACAGUGAUGGUGCGGACAUGAUCGCCAUAGGAUUGCAGGAGGUGAACUCCAUGAUCAACAAGCGGCUCAAGGACGCUCUCUUCACGGACCAGUGGAGCGAGCUCUUCAUGGACGCGCUGGGGCCAUUCAACUUCGUGCUGGUGAGUACCGUGAGGAUGCAGGGCGUCAUCUUGCUGCUGUUCGCCAAGUACUACCACCUGCCCUUCCUGCGGGACGUGCAGACCGACUGCACGCGCACUGGCCUCGGAGGCUACUGGGGUAACAAGGGAGGCGUGAGCGUGCGCCUGGCGGCCUUCGGGCACAUGCUCUGCUUCCUGAACUGCCACCUGCCCGCGCACAUGGACAAGGCGGAGCAGCGCAAGGACAACUUCCAGACCAUCCUCAGCCUGCAGCAGUUCCAGGGCCCCGGCGCCCACGGCAUCCUGGACCACGACCUCGUGUUCUGGUUUGGGGACCUGAACUUCCGCAUUGAGAGCUAUGACCUGCACUUUGUCAAGUUCGCCAUCGACAGCGACCAGCUCCAUCAGCUCUGGGAGAAGGACCAGCUCAACAUGGCCAAGAACACCUGGCCUAUCCUGAAAGGCUUCCAGGAGGGACCCCUCAACUUCGCUCCCACCUUCAAGUUCGAUGUGGGUACCAAUAAAUAUGAUACCAGUGCCAAGAAGCGGAAGCCGGCCUGGACCGACCGGAUCUUGUGGAAGGUGAAGGCUCCAGGCGGGGGGCCCAGCCCGUCGGGACGGGAGAGCCACCGGCUGCAGGUGACCCAGCACAGUUACCGCAGCCACAUGGAAUACACAGUCAGCGACCACAAGCCCGUGGCUGCCCAGUUCAUCCUGCAUUUUGCCUUCAGGGACGACAUGCCACUGGUGCGGCUGGAGGUGGCAGAUGAGUGGGUGCGGCCGGAGCAGGCUGUGGUGCGGUACCGCGUGGAGACCGUGUUCGCCCGCAGCUCCUGGGACUGGAUCGGCUUGUACCGGGUGGGUUUUCGCCACUGCAAGGACUACGUGGCUUAUGUCUGGGCCAAACAUGAGGACGUGGACGGCAGUGUCUACCAGGUGACGUUCAGUGAGGAAUCAUUGCCGAAGGGCCAUGGAGAUUUCAUCCUGGGUUAUUAUAGCCAUCACCACAGCAUCCUCAUCGGUGUCACGGAACCCUUCCAGAUCUCGCUGCCUACCUCGGAGCUGGCCAGCAGCAGCACCGACAGCUCGGGCACCAGCUCAGAGGGUGAGGACGACAGCACCCUGGAGCUGCUUGCACCCAAGUCCCGCAGCCCCAGCCCUGGCAAGUCCAAGCGACAUCGCAGCCGCAGCCCAGGCCUGGCCCGUUUCCCCGGCCUCGCUCUCCGACCCUCGUCCCGCGAGCGCCGUGCUGCCAGCCGGAGCCCCUCGCCCCAGAGCCGCCGGCUGUCUCGGGGUACCCCCGACAGGGGCAACAGUGGCAGCAGCCAGGGCAGCUGCGAGGAGGGGCCUUCUGGGCUGCCUGGCUCCUGGGCCUUCCCACCAGCUGUGCCUCGAAGCCUGGGCCUGCUACCCGCCUUGCGGCUGGAGACCGUAGACCCGGGUGGCGGCGGCCCUUGGGGACCUGAGCGGGAGGCCUCGGCCCCUGCCAGCCUGUCUCCCAGCCCCCAGGGCCAGCAGGGGCUGGAGGAAGGAGGCCUGGGGCCCUGAGGGCGGACUGGAUGGAUGGGCCCAGGCGGCCCCCACUCUGCCACAAUCCUUUGCAAUCCCACUCGUCUCUCUCCUGCUGUUGCACCAGCUGCAUCUGUACCUGUCACACUGUCCUGGCCCAGGGAAGCUCACUGGGGUCCCCCAGAUCUCAGUCCCGGCCCCUCAAACUGUGACAAUCAGCCAAGCCCUGUCUGGGCCCCCAUCUGGGGUGGUGGUGGGGAGCUUGGGCAGACGACUGGGUCCUGGAGGUCACUCAUUAGGAAUUAAAUUCUCCAGUUCUCUCCCA